AUGAUUACUAUGCAACUCGACUAUUACAUCGUUUUUAUAUUUCUUAUUACGUUAUUAUGUUUAAAAAACGGUACUGCAACAACAAUGACGAUGGAUAGUGAUAGUUGGGAUUUUCGUUAUGUUUCAAAUGAUGAAUUAUUACGUUCGGUGCAAAUAUUUCGACAAGAUGGUAUUGAUACGUACAGUGAAAUAUUGAUUGAUGACGAAAAACGAGAUCAAAUUAUUAUUGGAGCUAAAAACUACAUUUUACGAUUGAAGUUGAGUGAUUUUCAAGUUAAUGAAGUGUUGAAGUGGGAACCGAAUACUAAUGAAAUAAAUUCUUGUCGAAGUAAAAUUCAGUCUCUAACUGAAUGUCAAAAUCAUAUACGUGUAUUAUCAUUAAUUGAUAAUAAAUUAUUCGUAUGUGGAACAUUCGCUUAUAAACCAUUAUGUACGUGGAGAGAACCAAAUUCAAUAUCAUCGAUUAUUAGUGGUGUUCAGGGAGAUCAAAUAUCAGGAGAUGGAAAAUGUCCUUAUAAUAGCAAAUUUAAAUCAGCAUAUCUAGCAUUAAAUAACAGUGAAUUUUAUUCUGGAACUAGUAGUGAACAAAUAGUUGGAUUUUCUGAUGUAUUAAUCGAACGAAGUUUAUCAAUACAAACCAAACAAUUAAGGACGCAACAACACGAUUCAAAUUGGCUUAGAAAUCCAUAUUUUGUGCAAAUAAUCGAAAUUGAUAACUAUAUUUACGUGUUUUUUCGAGAAACAGCUUUAGAACAUUUAGCAUGUGGAACGAGUGUUUAUUCUCGUGUUGCACGAUUAUGUAAAUAUGAUGAUGGUUUAAUGAAGUAUUCUGAUACAUUCAAAACAUUUUCAAAAGUUAGAAUAAACUGUUCAAUUGAAGGUGAUACUACAUUUUAUUUUAACGAAUUGGAAACAUUGUAUUACGAUUAUCAAAAUAAAUUGAUCUAUGCCGGUUUCAACGCACCAAAAAAUGGUUUGUUGGGUGCUGCUGUGUGCAUCUACGAUAUCGAAAAUUUAACUCAAGUAUUUUCGACACCAUUUUUAUCACAAAAGUCAAAUGAAUCAUUUUGGUUGCCAGCAAAUGAUCAAAAAGAAGAUACAGAGAAGUGUGAAUCUCAUGGGUCCUCAUCUACAUCGUCCUUCAGUACAUUUAUUCCUGGUGGUAUUCGUCCUGUUUUACGUUCGGGUUUAUUUCGACCGUCAUUCAAAGCACUAGAACUCGAUUCUAUUCGUAUUGGUCAUUUAUUUGUGGAUACGCUUAUAUAUAAAAAUCAAGAUAAAAUAACUAUUCUACUUGUCAUUACAUUAGAUGGACGUUUAUUAAGAAAAUAUUCCUUACUUAAUUCAAUGACGAAAUUAUGUCUCGUUGAAGAAGUUAGUCUCAAACCAAAAGAUAUUUCAAUUCAAGAUUGGACAGUAAACAAAGCUACAUUUCUGCAGGAUUCUAAAGAGUUGAUAUUAACAACUCCGAUAUCAGUCAUGAAGCUGUCUGUAGUGAGAUGUGAUCGUUUUAAUACAAGUCUAUUAUGUAUGGGUGCUAUGGAUCCAUACUGUAUGUGGGAUCCAAAUCAUCAACGAUGUGUACUUUAUACGACAGUACAUAGAAAUUAUAAUAUACAAACAAGUUGGACAUGUCCGAUACUCAAUUUAACAAUCGAUGGUGGUUUAAGUCCUUGGUCAUCUUGGUCACAAUGUCAACAAUCCACAGGUGAAAGUUGUUCAUGUCGAACAAGAACAUGUACUCAUCCUUCACCAAGAUUCAAUGGGAAACAAUGUGAAGGAAUAACAGUUGAAAUAUCGAAAUGUGAAGUACAUGGCGGUUGGAGUCAAUGGUCAUUGUGGACUCAGUGUGGUCAAACGUGUGGAAAAUCUUAUCGUUCUCGUUUUCGAACAUGUACAAAUCCUGUGCCAAAAUAUAACGGACGAGUCUGUGUUGGUUCUGAGAGAGAAGAAGAAAUGUGUCCAGAAAUUUUGUGUUCCCAAGAUGGAAAUAAAGACAUAAAGAUGACGGCAUGGAGCGAUUGGGACACAUGCAGCAAACGAUGUGGUGGUGGAAUUCAGAAACGACGAAGAACAUGUUUUGGUAUAGAAAAUUGCCAGGAAUGUACAGAAGAGACACGUAUAUGUAAUGAAACACCAUGUCCAAUUCAACAAGCAUAUUUGUGGGGAGAAUGGAUCCGAUUGCAAUCUAUUGUUGGUGGUUAUACUGAGAAACGCAUUCGUUAUGUGUGUAGUUCAGAACCAACACUAAAGGCAGAUAAAGUAUCUUACAGAGUCUGCCGUGAUUACGAAGGAAUACCAGUAGAUUGUGAAGAAAAAGACUCAAUCGAUAAUUUAAGAUAUUAUGAAUGGACAGCAUGGUCUACUUGGAGCGAAUGUUAUCCUCCAUGUAGUGGUGGCAAACAGAGCCGUCGUCGUACUUGUUUAGGUGAUAAAUGUUUGGGAAAUGAUCUAGAUCAACGUGAUUGUCCAAUAUGUCAGGGUGGAUGGUCAUGUUGGUCUGAUUAUUCGGAGUGUCUUUAUACUUUGAAUCAAUGCCGCUUAAAACGUAAAACUUUGUCGACUAAUGACUUUAUAAAUGAUGAUGUCAACAAAGAUUAUUUUCAAGCAUUGACUAAUCCGUCACCACAUACAACCGAUACUGAUACAUUUACAAAGUUUCGAUCGUUAGAUUCAUCGUCGAAUGGCGGUGGAAGUGCAACAAGUAACGGUGGAGGUGGAAUUUAUAAAGAAAUACCAUCGAGAAAACUGAACAUGUACAUCAAUCCACGAGAUAUGAUUAAUCCAACGACGAAACGACAGUCAAUUAUGUCAUCCAUGAAAACAAAUCUCGACGCAGAUGAUUUGUAG